GCUCAUUUGAUUAUGAAUUAGGUAUAUCCAUGCAGAUCUACAUGGAGCUUCAAGUACUGUGAUCGAGAACCACAAGCCUGAACAUCCAGUACCCCCUCUUACUUUGAGCCAAGCAGGAUGUUUCACUGUUUGUCACAGCCAGGCGUGGGAUUCAAAGAUUGUCACAAGUGCUUGGUGGGUUUAUCCUCACCAGGUCAGUAAAACUGCUCCUACUGUGGAAUAUCUUACAGUUGGGAGUUUCAUGAUCCGUGGGAAGAAGAACUUUCUUCCUCCACACCCUCUUAUGAUGGGCUUUGGCUUGUUACUUUGCUUAGAUGAGAGCUCCUUGGGAUCACAUUUAAAUGAAAGGCGGGUGAGAGGUGAGGAGGAAGGGGCACAAGAUUUUGAGGAGAAUGAAUCUCUUAAAGGAAAUUCUGAUUCUGAGUCAGAGAAGGAAGAAACAGAUGAAAAACGUACUGCAGAGUCAAAAAGCAUAAUGGAUCCAUCAACACAUCAACCAAUAUUAGAAGGCUUUUCUGAAAUUAGUUCUGCUCAUAAUGAAUUGACCACCUCCAAUGUUGGAUCCAUCAAUUUGCCUGAAGUUCCUCUUGAAGAGAGGAAUAUGUUGAAUGGAAAUGAUAGUGAGCAUAUAGAUGAUAUUUCUGGAAUACAUGUUUCUUCUGUCAAUCCACAACUUGAGGAUCUCAUUGAUAGGGCUCUUGAACUUGGAUCUAAUACUGCAUCUGGUAAGAAGUAUGCUCUUGAAACUUCUCAAGUUGAUUUGGAAGAACACAAUCAUGAAGACAGAAAGGCUAAAGUCAGAGAGAAACCUUAUACUAGCUACCAAAGUCAGAGAAAAAAAUGAACACAAAUUUUGCGCCUAUAACAAAAGAAAACACUUCAUUCCAUUUGUUUAGCAGUUUAGAUGUACACUUGUAGGUUCUGGCUUGCUUCAGAUGCUAGUGUAUUUGAUAAGUAGGACCAACAGGCAUAGGCGCAAAAACUGGGGUGUGAGAGUUUGGCAGUGCAAUACUUUUGUUUCAGUGCCACUAAACAAGACAAGAACAACCAAUCCUUCACUAAAUGAAAGAUGAAGUGCAUGAAAUCAUGUAGCCUGGUCUAUUUCUCAAUACUAGCU